AUGGCCUCCCCGACGCGUCCGAAGAUCGAGUAUGUGCUCUUUGAUAUGGAUGGCCUGAUGAUCGACUCCGAGCGGAUUUAUACUGAAGUCACCAAUGAGAUCCUUGGAAGACACGGAAAGACGAUGACCUGGGAUAUCAAGGCCGGAUGCAUGGGCAAGCCCGAAAAGGACGCCAUCGCCCACCUCCUCUCCUUCUUUCCCGACAUCCAGCUCGACCCCGAAGACUACGCCCUCGAGCGCAACCGCCUACAGGACGCCGCCUGGCCCUCCGUCCAGCUCCUCCCCGGCAUCGAGCGCCUCGUCGCCCACCUCCACGCGCACCACAUCCCCAUCGCCGUCGCCACCGGCUCGCGGCGCUCGAAGUACGCGCUCAAGACCGCGCAUCUGGGGCACGUGUUUGAAAGGUUCGGCGCGGCGGUGGUGUGCGGGGAUGAUCUGGCAGAUGCGAGGGGGAAGCCGGCGCCGGAUAUCUUUUUGGCGGCGGCGAGGGGGGCGUUGGGGAGGGAUGUGGGGGUGCCGGGGGUGGAGGCGACGGAGGGGCAGGUGAGGGAGAGGGCGAAGGGGCUGGUAUUUGAGGAUGCGAUGCCGGGCAUGCAGGCGGGAAAGAGGGCGGGGAUGAAUGUGGUGUGGGUGCCGGAUGUGAACUUGCUGGACGUACCACACGACAGCCACGAACGGCCCGACCAGAUCUUGCGGUCAGUGGAGGAGUUUGUGCCAGAAGAAUGGGGACUUCCGCCGUACUCUGCUACGCCGCCUACGACGUCCUCUGCAUGAUUUGUCACAAUCAAUGGUGCGAGCUGUCAUGCGUCAUUUCUUGCAAUAAUUCCACUGUGUCUGUAGCAAAUGGGUCUGUCCCAAUUGUAACAUUGAUGUUCCGCCAUCGCUAUCUACCUAUCCACGUUCUUGACGUAGCCCUCUUCGUCUAGAGGUUUGCAAUCCAGGACAGGCAAGCGACGAGUACUGAGUA